UUGAAUAGUCUAUACCUUUUAAAGAUGGCGGCCUCUUGGAAAAGCAAAUUUUCCAAUCGCCAAGAAGUCCAGGAAAGAUUCCAAAUUAACUUAGAAUCUAUCAUCAAUAAAUAUGACAAGCCUUUUGAGGAUUCUCCCAUUCUUGAUCUGCAGGAGAUGUCUUCUGUGACAGCCUCUUUAGAAGGCAGCAGUUUGUUCAAAACCGUUUGGAUGGACGCCUUUAGCGACUGAUUUACAGAAAGGAAAGAAGAGGAAAGAUGGUGUAAGCUGUGACAGUGCUCUCGGGUCUACUAUGUCUCCUUCAAAGAGCAAUGAAUCAACAAAUGAAGAAUCCUCAGGAAAACAUAUAUCUGGAAAACUAUGAUUUCACGCAUGAGACAUCUGAUGGGUUAGGAGCUUUCAUUCGUAUAGACAUCACUCCAUGUCAAAGAAUCCUGAGAUUGUGGGUCUGAAAAGAGAUGGAGGAGAGUAUGAUGGGAGUUCUGAUUCCGGGGAUGAUUCCGGGGAUGAUGAUGAUCUUGGCUCUGUGUGUAGUGGUCCAACAUAUACUGCCUACCCUGAAGAGAAAUAUACAAAGAGGAUACAAAACAACCAGGAAGACAUGAUUGAAGUAGAUAGAACAAGACAGACUGAUGGGGACCUCAGGGGACUUUCACCUCAAGACAAAGUGAGAAGCUGGUUGAGGGAUGAUGCCUUCAUGAAUACCAGUCGUUAUAGUAACAUGGAUGAGGACUCUGAAGGAGAUGUAUCCUCUACAGAGAUGGAGGAACUUAGUCAAUCUACUCUGAGUGAAGGGGAUCUAUCACAAGAAGACAAAACAAAGUCUUUAUUAGAGAUUAAAGAGAGGUUUGUGAGAAAAGUGAAGUCUAUAUUGGUUGAAGGAAACAAUGAGACUGAUGAUAUCUCUUUCUGCUGAUGAGAAUGGAGUCUUUGUCCAAGGAGUGGCUGUUGAAAGAACUCAAGUACAGAACACAUCCAAGAAUAUCGAUGUGAGUAGUAGUGAGAGGGAGAGAUCAUCUGAUCCCAGUGUACAAAGCAAACCUGGAGGUACCGGUAAUACUUCCAGGAGGUUAUUCAAAGCACGUUAUCAUCUACCAUCUGCCAUGAGGCUUCUACAGCCAGAGGGAACCAAGAUAGCAAGCCAGUGACGCUGAGAGGAGAUGAGACAGCGAUAAUAGCUGGUCACUUUGAUGAUGACAUUAAUUUAUCUGAAUGUGAAGAUGAAGACAAAGCUGUAUCUAGUGGAUCAUCGGUUCAAAGGUGUUUUGAGUUAAUGCAGUCACCGGGUGGAAAAAUGGAAUGGACAUCCUCACAUGGUAGGAACAAUUCAGCAAAGAAGAGCUUUCCAUUUAGUACUCAACAUGUUAAGAACAAAGUAGAGUUUCACAGGGCAGUCAAUCACCAACUUGUUGACACCAAAGAAAACAAUCCAGGCUUCGGAUAUGAGUGGAAGAACUUUUAAGAAGCCUCAAAGUAACUGUAACCUUCCCGUCAAGAGACAUAUCUCUAAGACAACAACAGAGAGCAAUGAAAUGUCACAGGGUAUGCUUAGUGAAAUAAUGGAUUUCUUUAAGUCUCCUUUGCCAAAGCUCUUGACCAGCCCAAUGCCAGUGCUAUCACCCAAGGGCAGACUAAGGACUGCUCAAGGUAAAACAGUGACAAGAAAUGCAGUUUCAAAGUCAAAUGACACUGGAAGGACUUAUCCCUCUACAGUGACAGUACAGGCAAGUUCACCACUUAAGUCAAAUGGGUCUCAAUCUGCUAUACCUCCUGAGCAAUCUUCAAUCAGCGGUCAGGUGGACUGAUGAGAGGACUAACAUAAACCAGAAAUCAAGCAAGUUUUCAUCUGAUGACACCGUGAAUACCAUCCAAGGACCCGGGGGUAUUCAGGAAAUACAUGCAGAUCCACAUUCAAAUGAACAGACCUCCAAUACAGAAGGAGAGGAAGACAUUGUACUUUUGACAGCAGACAGCAGUGGGGAAUCAACAACUUUCCAAGAUCAGUCAAUGUCAAGGUUCAAUAGUGUGUCCCGGAGUCCAAGAACUCCAUCCCACCUAAGUCAUUCUUCCAAUGAAAUUGUCAAAGUUCCUACAAUUCACACUCCAUUAAGCACUGCUACCAAACACAUGAGCAAGUCUCAAAGACACCUAGUAUCACAUCACCUUUCAGUCACAUGUGUGUGAAUUCUGCUGAAAAGGAUCAACUAAAAGUGAGACAUUUAAGAGAGAAGGGAGCUGGGGAUAAAUUUCCAUAUCCCCCAAGAGUCUGGUCUUUGGUGAAAGUAACCCUAGAGAUCGUUUAGGGAACACGCCUGAUAUGGAGUUAUUGGUUCUCAGUAGUGAUGAAGAUGAGAAUGAUGGAUUGAAUUACGAAAUAGAACAUAUGGCAGGUAGUCCAGAAAUGAGUAAGAUUAAAGACAUUUCACAUCAGUUUAGCUGCACCGAACCACAGCAGACCAAAACUAUCAAAUCUGCUCCCCAAGUAGAUAGCAUGGAGGAUGAAUCUAAUGCAAAAGAAGAAAUAGGCUCUAAAUGUGGGGGAAAUCAUGACUAUGAUUCACUGGAGCAAUUGUUCAAUAGACGUCCAGAAGAGACAGUGGACAGCAUUCAUGCAUGUAACAAGCUCAGUCAGUUUGAGCAGACGUACAUUGUUUCUGAUAACGAGAGAAAGUCUUCCAUGCCUCAUCAUAUGUCUCCGUCCAGAAACCAGAUUGAUAGGGACAGGCAGCGGUUGAAGAAAAACACUCUAAAAUCCAGCUCUCCAGUUCUCCAGAUCAACCUGACUAAAAUAGAGGAAGAAGAAAUCAAAUCUCAUCAGCCAAAACAUAAACAUUCAAGCAGCUAUGAAACAAGAGAAGAGAACUCCAGUCCUAACAGGAGGGAUGGUAGCAGGAAAGCUCACAGAAGAUCUCAUUGUACUACACCUGUGAUGACAAACAAAGAUACUUGUAAUUACAAGAGACAAAAUGAGGAACAUACCGCAAACCUCCUUAAGAAUGGGUGUAGAUUGCAAAAAAGAAACUAUGAACCAUCUCACGCCAAAGACAGACAUUCAAAGACUCCUGCAGUUAGGACAAGUGAUCACCACCAUCAGUCAGAUAGAGUGCCAGAGAGAAGUGAGUCCACCUUCAUCAUUCACCCUGGAGAUAGACGUGCUGUCCCAACUAAAAGUGGUAAAGGAAUUCAUGAUGGCAAUGAAGAGUCCAGUUCUCCAAUCACAGAAGAUAUCCCAAGUACUGUGUCAGAAGGAAGCAGACUCUCUGCAACACCUAGGACAAAAUCCAGUUCAGUAGUGAGGAGCAACUCUGUGACCAGUGACAAAUCCAAAGAUAAAAACAGACAAAAGCCAAUUGCUAAAACUGCACAGGUAAAUGACACUUCAAGUCACAGUCAUGUUAGACUAACAUCUUCAAGGCAGCAGAAAAUGUUGAUUCAACAGGAUAGAGUUUCUACUAAUAGGAAAGGCACUAAACUUCAUGUAAGAGAUGAAUCUUUCCUAACAUCUACCAGAAUAGAUGAAGAUGAGUUGAACAGCAAGGAUCUCAACAGAACUCUAUCAUCUGACAGACCAAUGAGGAAGGACCACCUGACUGAUAAGAAGCUACCAAAGAGGGUUCCUCAGACACAUGGAGCAGCUAUACAGGAUAAAUCCUUAAAGAUGAAGGGCCAGACUCCAACGAAGCGUAGAAGACGGGCAUCAGAUAGAGCUAGCAGUCUAGAAUCACCUGCAAAGAGACAAGUCAGUAUAAGAAAAUCUUCACAGACAGGGAGAACACCAUUGGACAGAAGUAAAGGCAGUAGAAUAAUAAUAGGUAUUAGUGAUGAUGAUAUAGAGGCGAAGGAAAGGAGUGAUGAGAGUAUGUCUUCAUUGUCAUUAUCUUCUAUAUGUGAAGGACCUGGUAGGUGUGUCAAGAAGAUAUGUUUCAAAUGUGCAAUGAAUGAAUGAAUGAUAAUGAUUCUAUUCAGAUGCUACCAACUCAACCAUCAUCUAAGGACCUUGAUACACAUCAGAUAGUUAUUUGUGAAUUCAGCAGAUUGAUUGGAAAAACAAAUGAUGUAAAUAAAUUACACUGUCUAUUGACAUUUAACUUCAUAGUUUGCUGUACUUCCUCAUACCUUGUUAUAUGAUCCUUUGAUAUGAUACAUGAAAAGAUGAUUCUACCUUCAUCAGUAUGUUGAUAAAUACUGACUGUCUCUAUGAAACUGUUCUGAUGUUUACUACAGUGCAACACUUUGUAAAUGAAAGUAUUCAGAGAUUUACUGAAUACAACCAUUGAAGACAUUGGUAUUACAUUUUCAUCAGCAAAAUGAAAUCUGCACUGUCAAUUGAAUAAGGCAUUCAUCUGUAGUGAAAUAUAAUGGGAGGCAGGAACUUUCCAUACAAACUGACAUUCUAGUGUUUAAGAGAGAGAGAGAGAGAGAGAGGUGUAUUUUUUGACAUCAUAGAUGCAGGAUCAUAUAUGACCAUAAUGACACGAGGGAUAAACACAGGCCUGAUAAAUACCUGAUUUAAAUCGGUUUCUGAUUUAUUUUUUCCCCCCAAUUUUUUUCCCUCUUCUUCCGAUUUUACCCUUAUUUUUACCUAUUUUUCG